GUUCUCAGUUCUACCUUCACACGCGCAAGGUAGGGCACACUGCUCUGGUCUGCCAGAGCACACACACCUACACACACCUACACAUACACACCUAUACACACCUACACACACCCACACAUACACACCUAUACACACCCACCCUCUCUCUUCCCGGCACCCUGAGCAAUCUCUCACCAUUGGCCAGGUCCCCUAGCCCUCAGCAUCUCCAUCACGGCUGAAGGGACCAUUCAAGAAAACAGGAGACAGAGGUGGACUAUGAGGAUGUUGGCGAGGCUCAUAUUGGGACUCUUCGUCCUCAAAGCAGUGGUGGCCAACCCCAGAUUUGCCCGGCAGGUGGAAUUAGACACGUACGACAGCGCCAACUAUGAUGUGGAUCUAGACAACUUGAAUUUGGAGAAUCGGGAUGUCUAUGAUUUUGAAGAUGGACUGACUAUUGAUGAACCUCAGGUAAGAUACUGGGGGGAAAUUGGAGGGAUGAUGUGCACCUGUCUGGGUGGUUCUGUCUACUGUGAUGAUGUGAAGCUGACGAGCGUGCCGCCUCUCCCCAAAGAGACCACUCACUUCUACGCCCGCUACAACCACAUCACCAAGAUCAACAAGGGCGACUUUGCUCAGAUGAACAAGCUGAAGAGGAUCGACUUGACCGCCAACGAGAUUGCAUCCAUCGCUGAUGAUGCGUUCUCCGGCCUGCCCGUGCUGGAGGAGCUGGUGCUCCGUGAGAACGGCGUGUCACAGCUGCCUGCCCUUCCGCCCGUGAUGACCCUCAUCGACGCCAGCCACAACAACAUUGGCGCCACAGGCAUCCACAAAGAGGCUUUCAAGGACAUGACAGGUCUGCUGUACCUGUACCUAACAGACAACCACAUCGACCACAUCCCUGUGCCCCUACCGGACAGCCUGCGCUCUCUGCACCUACAGCGCAACAACAUUCAGAUGAUACACGAGGACACGUUCUGCAACCUGAAAGACUUCAACUACAUCAGGAACGCACUGGAGGACAUUCGCCUGGACGGCAACCCCAUCAACCUCAGCAGGACCCCACAGGCCUAUGUGUGUCUGCCCCGCGUCCCCAUCGGAGCCCACAUCUAACCACACACUGAUCAAUACACACACAUCUUUACACAGCUCAACUCAUUGUCUACGAGACAUAUGUACAUACCAUACACACACUUACCUACUGGACAGAUCCUAAAAGUUGUCCAGUCUCAGUUCAAUUGCAAUCUGCACAUACAGUAAACACCGGAACACAGUAUCUACCAAUCUUGCCUAAUUUAAGUCUGAUCAGUUGUUGAUCGCAUACAUAACACACAGUGAGCGAGAUGGUGUGUAUCUCUCAUUCCUACACACACACACAAAUACACACCAGAUAAUUGUCAAAAGCCAAACUGUUCAGCAACUUGAAGCAAACAAAAAGACAAUGAAAAUGUGACAUUUUAUUGAUCCAACAAACAUUGUUUAAUGUCUGUUCACGACAACCAGUAAUAUUGUUUAAAUAUGUUUUUGUAAAGGGGAAAAAAUUAUAUUACAGAAAUCUAACACUAUUUAAAAAAAACAAUUAUACUAACAAACGAAUUGAAGCUUACUGGGACGCUAAUUUGAAUAUCAAUGCAAUAAAAGCAAUUAAACAA